AUGGUUACUCGUGUGUCUAUGUGCAUUGAUGAGUUCAACAAACAUUUAUUUCCCAAAAGGAAGAUGAAGAAUUUGGGUCUUUUCGCUGUAACUGCUCUUCUGCUCUUCAACGGCUAUCACUGCACCACAACAGUUUCUUCAACAUCUGCAAUAUCUCCAACAUCUGCAGCAUCUGCAACAUCUGCAAUAUCUGCAGCAUCUGCAAUAUCUGCAAUAUCUGCAGCAUCUGCAAUAUCUGCAAUAUCUGCAGCAUCUCCAACAUCUGCAAUAUCUGCAGCAUCUGCAAUAUCUGUUAAUGCCACAGCACCAGCUACACCAGCGACCAUGAUCAAUGGCUCAACUACAAGUGGAGCAACAGUUGCAGCUUCAUCUUCUGUCCAUCAGCUUCUCGGUGCAGGUCUUCUUACCUGGAUGCUGUCGCGUGUUCAGUGGAGGAAUUAG